AUGGCAAACCGGGGCUAUGACGUGGUCGUAGAUGUGGAUGCCGAGGGCGACCUUGGCCAUACGGACCUUCAGGAGGACCUUGAGUUUCAUCCUUCCAACUUUGAGAACGAUCAACGAGCUGCCAAAGUGCAACAAGACUCUGCUCCAUUCCUCGGUGGAGGCUCCUCCCGAGUCCGUGACAGGUCACCUGGUGGCACACCGACCAAGCUUACCUUGUGGUCCAUCCACUAUUACGCCCGGUUCUUCGAUGUUGACACGAAUGAGGUUCUACGACGAUGCGUUGCGGCCGUGUAUCCACGCAGCAACUUCCUCGACGUUCUCGAAGGCAACGCCGAUCUGUACGGUCCGUUCUGGAUCGCGACCACUGUGGUCGUGAUUCUCUUUUUGACUGGGACUAUUUCGCAAUGGCUCUCAAACAACGAAAAAGACCAUUUCGAGUACGAUUUCACCCUUCUUUCUGGGGCUGCAGGAUUAGUCUAUGGAUACACGGGUAUUCUGCCGAUUGCUUUGUGGGGAGCUCUGCGGUGGUUCGGUAGCUCCACCGCUGACUUGAUCGAGUGUUGGGCGUUGUACGGGUAUUCGAACUUGAUCUGGAUCGCGGUCGCGCUCGUCAGCUGGAGCCCCUUGACAGCUCUCAACUGGGCCCUUGUUGGAGUCGGGUUUGGCUGGACCGUCUUCUUCCUACUACGCAACAUGUAUCCCGUGUUGAAUGCUACAGAUGCUAAGGCCAGCAAGAUGCUAUUGAUCCUGGUCAUCGUGCUGCAUGCGGGCUUCGCUAUUGCCAUCAAGAUCUUUUUCUUUGCCCAUGGCAGUCCGGUCUCUAAGCAGAAAGACCACGACGACGAUGAUCACGAUGACCAUGAUGACCAUGAUGACAAGAGACGAAUGCUGGGAAUGUAG